GUUGGCCGGAAGGUAAGACCCCACGGCCGUACGGAUCCCAAUCCGGGCCUUUGCCGGGCCGGACGGAGACCCGUUUCUCUUAGGUACCCAGGGGCGGGCACAUUAUAUAAGGCAGCAAUUGCUUACCUCAUCCAUGGCAUCACCCCUCACCGUGCGAAGAGCUCCGGCACUAUGCUUUGGUGCCAUUUUCUCGUUGACGACACUCAGCCCAGGCACCUUGAAGCGGGCAAACAGGCGCUGACAACGACAGUCCCACAUCUAACCCACCACAGUGCCCGCGUCCUGUCACUAUCGUCAGUCAAGGUCGACUUCCCAUCGCAAAGACUUAUUGAGCCCUCGCCAUUUCGAAGCUUGGGUUGCCCCUGGAUCUCAUCCGAAAGAAGGCAAAGUGCCUCGCAGUCAAUACUUCAUAUUCCCGUUCUGACCCUCUCCCGGCAGAACCCUCCGAGACCGCUUCUAUCAUGACAGACAUAAUAGCCGACCAGGCGCCACCAGCCCUCGCCGUACCAUCGGAAAAGGAGAAGAAGUACGACCGCCAACUAAGACUUUGGGCUGCGAGCGGCCAAGCGGCUUUAGAGUCUGCCAAUAUCCUGCUUGUGAAUUCUGGCACGGGCACUGUUGGUGUUGAGACACUGAAGAAUCUCGUACUUCCAGGUAUUGGAAACUUCACGAUUGCUGAUGAUGCCGUCGUGAGCGAGGCUGAUCUCGGUGUCAACUUCUUCCUGGACGAGUCCCAUCUCGGCAAGUCGAGGGCUCAGAGCUGUACAGAGCUGCUGCUGGAGCUCAAUUCUGAGGUUCAGGGUGACUGGUAUCCUAAAGGCUCGGAAAACGCGAGCCUCCAGCAGCUUCUGAAAACCCCAGCUCCCUUCACCAUCAUUCUGUACACACUUCCCAUGAAACCCGAAGAUCUCACUACACUCGAGGCUUACAGCCUUGAACACAAGACACCAUUGAUUGCGAUACACUCCGCGGGCUUCUACUCUUACUUCAGCACUCGUCUUCCAGGCAUUUACCCCAUCGUCGACACUCAUCCGGACGUCACAGCCAUCACGGACUUGCGGCUUGCCACCCCAUGGGAAGAGCUAGAGGCCUUUUCCGAGAGCCUGACGAAAGACAUUGAUAAUCUCGAAAACCAUGAGCACGGCCACCUGCCCUUCGUCGUCAUUCUCUUGCACUACCUGAACGUAUGGAAGUCGUCACACGACUCCAAGCCCCCGAGCAACUACAAGGACAAAGUGGAAUUCCGCAAAAUGGUGGCCGCUGCUACGAGAACAGACAACCCCGAAGGAGGCGAGGAGAACUUUGAGGAGGCUGUGGCUGCCGUGUUGAAGACUAUUUCGCCACCAUCACUCCCUUCUGCCGUCAAGGAGGUCUUUGAGUACAAGCAUACGGACGAGAAGGAAGCCACCUCUAGCUUCUGGAUCAUCGCAGGAGCGAUCCGCGACUUUUAUGAGAAGCACGGCUGUCUACCAGUACCAGGCGGCCUCCCAGACAUGAAGGCCCAAUCGAGCGUGUACAUUGAGCUUCAAAACAUCUACAAGGCCAAGGCUCGCAAAGAUGCAGCCGAAGUGCUCGAAUCGGUCCGUCAGAAGGCCGGUGGCGAGGGUGUCGACGCAGCCGAGGUCGACUUGUUCUGCAAAAAUGCGGCAUUUAUCAAGCUGGUCGUCCCUGUAAGUGGCGGGCCCGAACAGCUGCGCAGCGUAGCAGCGCAGGAGUUUGCCAACGACGAAAUGGCCAAGGAAGGCGUGGUGCCACUGUCGCUCCUCCCAAUCUAUCUCGCCCUCCAGUCCACGUCACACACACCCACGGCAUCUUCGGAUGAGAUUCUCGACAAAAUCAAGACGCAGCUUCCAGACUGGAGCGACAACGAGCGGCUCGCGCAGGCGGCGCAAGAGGUAGCCAGGUCUGGCGGUGGAGAGCUGCACAACGUUUCCGCCGUGACUGGCGGCAUGGUGGCUCAGGAGACGAUCAAAAUCAUCACGAACCAAUACGUACCCAUCGAGAACACAUGCAUAUUUGACGGCAUUGCAAGCCGGUGCCAAAUUCUUCGUCUGUAA